AUGGAAGACCAAAGACGAAACGGAGUGGCAGUAGAUGGUAUGUAAAAAUUUCAAACUUUACUACCCAAGGACUGGUGGAGUCAUGGACCGUAUAUACAUAGAAGCCAACUUUUCAAGAGACUAACGGUGUAAUUUUUUCUAGCUGUCAGCAAGCGGGACAAGAAACGAAGUAAUAUAGCCGCCCGAUUAAACAAGCUCGAACUCACUUUUAAAAAUGAUCGAGAUAUGUUUUAUCGAAAUAGCUUGCACGAGCUUCAGAACAAACUCGCAAGUCUACAACAAGGCUCAAACGAAGAGUAUCUAGCCAAAAAGAUUAGCUUAGAAGAAACAAGAGACUACGAGCUCACCAAAUUGAGACUAUGGGAGGAAUACCAAGUGAAACGAGUCGAAACUGUUUACCAGCUGGAUUUGCAAAAAGCACAAGAGAACCAUGACAAGAUGAUCAAGUUGAUCAAGGAGAAACUAUACGACAAGUUGCAGAAACAGAUUAAGCACUUGCAAGAGGAUAAAUAUCUAUUGAACGUCUUGAGCAGAAACAGCUACAAUGAGAUUCAAGACGGUAGCAACGGCAGCAGCAGCAAAAGCAACGGCAACAACGACCAAAUAAAAGCAGCAGUCAAUUUGCGAUUAAGGAAACGGGACGCGACUGCAGAUACAGAUGACUUAUCGGACGGAGGCAAGAGCGGUAACAUUUCCUCGGCUCAAAACGGCUCCGGGUACAUAUCUCUGAGCAAAAGGAGAAAGCCGUAUCGAUAUUCAUCAAAUGACGAAGUCUCAAGCAGUGCAGCCAGCGCCAACCCGUGGCACAAUAACGCGCACAAGAAGGGACAUAGUCACGCCAAUAAUGGCCAAAGUCUCGCGAGUGGAUACGAGUCUAACCUCAGCGACAAGGAUUAUGAUGCAUUGAAUACAUUGAUAAUGGAGGAUGGAACGACAAUCAUUGACAGUCUAAACGGUGAAAACGGCAACUUGAACAAUAAAGUGCAAACUAGAGGAUCUCAUAAGCAGUUUAUCGGUCCGCAAGGGUUGAAACCUGAAGAAUUGAAUGAUGAUCUCACGCUCCUACGGAAUGCCAUAGUGAAGAAGCAACGGUGA